AUGGAUCCGGCCAACGGCGUCCCUGCCAGCAAGCACCGUGCGGACCUCGACGGCGUCCCGGUGGCGCUUUCCGUGGCCACAACCGCCGCCCAUCUGCUGCUAAUCGGGCCGAGUCCUUCGGCGGCCGCCACGACCGAAUCUGCCGCCCAGCCGUACUCGGUGUACGGCGCUAACCUGAGCUCUCUAGCGUACCUGGAUGCGAACGCGACCGCGGCCUUGUGGCCCACCGAUUGGCCCUUUGGGUUUUCCACGCCAUCGUCGCCGUCGUCGCCGUCGUCGUCGCCGUCGGCUGCAGGACCUCCCGACGGUUCUCCAGACGUGACCGCGUCGACGAUCGUGAUCAGCAUCGUCCUAUUGGCCGUGAUCGUUGGCACCGUGAUCGGUAACGUGCUGGUGUGCGUGGCCGUGUGUCUCGUGCGCAAACUGCGUCGUCCUUGCAACUACCUGCUCGUGUCACUGGCCAUUUCCGACCUCUGUGUGGCGCUUCUCGUGAUGCCGAUGGCGCUGCUGUACGAGGUGCUCGAAGAGUGGCGCUUUGGUGAGGUGUUCUGUGACAUUUGGGUCGCAUUCGAUGUGCUCUCGUGUACGGCCUCCAUCCUAAAUCUGUGUGCCAUCUCGGUCGAUCGGUACUGGGCGAUCACGAAACCGCUCGAGUAUGGUGUCAAACGAACGCCUCGGCGUAUGAUCGCCUGCAUCGUGCUGGUGUGGCUCGCUGCGGCCUGCAUUUCACUACCACCGUUGCUGAUCCUCGGGAAUGAGCACGAAAUCAACGGGCAACCGGCGUGCUCGGUGUGUCAGAACUUUUUCUACCAGAUCUACGCCACGCUCGGUUCGUUCUACAUCCCGCUUGCCGUCAUGCUGUUCGUGUACUUCCAGAUUUUCCGCGCGGCUCGGCGCAUCGUGAUGGAGGAAAAACGCGCCCAAAAGCGGCUCGAGAGUGCGAUAAAUGGUGCCACACAGCCACUAGCGACGGGGAAGCCAACGACAACGACGAUGGGGACCACGCCAGUUGCCGCUGGUCCGGGUGAACGUGUAAAAGGUGCCGUUAAGGGUGCAGUUAAGGGCGCAACCGGUGGUUCACCACAGAACAAACGGUUACGAUUUCAGCUGGCGAAGGAGCGUAAAGCUUCGACCACGCUCGGUAUCAUAAUGUCCGCGUUUACCGUGUGUUGGUUGCCAUUUUUUAUCCUCGCACUGGUGCGCCCAUUCAUGAAGGACGACCAUCGUACGCUGUCGUCCUUUUUCCUGUGGCUCGGGUACGCCAACUCGCUGCUCAAUCCGAUCAUCUACGCCACGCUGAACCGCGACUUCCGCAAACCGUUCCAGGAGAUCCUGUACUUCCGGUGUUCGAGCCUCAACAACAUGAUGCGGGAGGACUUUUACCACAGCCAGUACGGUGAUCCUGGCUCGCAGCGGCUCGUCAUCACGCACGAUGGUGGUGCCCGCGAAAGCUUCCUGUGA